CUGUAAUGCACUACGUUUAUUAGUUUGACUCUGAGUCAUCUUCCAUUUGACAUUUCUUUAACACCCUGCAUCUCCAAUUUCCCCAAACUCAAGGAAUCCAACACUUCACUACACAUUAAGCAUUCACCAGCUGUUCAGAAACUACCUUUUUUCUAGUUUUCAAAGUUGUGGAUCAAAUAACAUUGUUUGUCAUUCAGAAUCCCGAUGCAUUGAUUGAGUGGGAUUUGCGGCAAACAUUCAGCAGAGAAACUUAAUCAUUUAUACUACUCGAAAACAUGUUUAAGUCAUGGAGGAGCGACAAGAAGAAGAUCAAAGUUGUAUUCCAAUUGCAGUUUCAGGCAACUCAGGUGCCCAAGUUAAAAAAGUCGGGGGUGACGAUAGCGUUGGUGCCGGAGGAUUUGGGGAAGCCGACGCUGAGAUUAGAGAAAGUUGCAGCUCAAGAUGGGAGUUGUUUGUGGGAGAAUCCUGUUUAUGAAACUGUGAAAAUGAUAAGGGAGAUGAAAACAGGGAAACUGAGUGAAAAAAUUUACCAUUUCGUUUUUUCGAAUGGAUCUUCAAAAGCAGGGUUCCUUGGUGAAGCUUCGAUCGAUUUUGCUGAUUUUGCAGCUGAAACCGAACCUGUUACAGUCUCCCUGCCCCUUAAGUUUGCCAACUCCGGUGCCAUUCUACAUGUGACAAUUCAUAAAAUUGAGGGAGCAGAAGAUCAGAGAUAUACUCAAGAUGGUGGAGAUUUGACCAUUUCCAGGGAGGGAAGCCUGCACAGCCAAGGCAUGAAUUACAGUGACAAUCUCCAAAAUUCAACAGAGGAUGGGGACUUGGACACUGCCGAAUUAUUUUCAUCUUUACGGAAAAACUCGAUGCCCCAGAGAGCAGCUGAUACUGGCAUUAAUAAAAAGAACAUGCAUCAGAGAACAAACACGGAUUGGUCGGGCAGUUCAACUUCAGAUGGAAGUUUAGCUGAGUUAGCUAAUAGCCCUGAAGACAUCACAAGAGAGUGGCACAAGGGAUCAGGAGAUCCUGUCGAGAAACUCAGAAGUGAAAAUGCUAUGUUAACGAGGCAGGUAGAAGUAUCGGAAUUAGAGGUGCAGUCUCUUAAGAAACAGAUUUUGAAAGAGAACAAUCGGACCCAGGAUCUGUCGAGACAAAUUAGCAGCCUCAAAGAAGAAAGAGAUGCAGUGAAGAUGGAGUUCGAACGACUCAAGUCAAAGAAAAACAUGGAUGAGGAAGAAAGUGACAGUGGAUCGGAAGAUGAGAAUGAGGGGUCAAAGGUUCUGCUGAAAGAAAUUAGGCAGGAGCUGGAGCACGAAAAGGAGUUGAAUGCAAAUCUCCGUUUGCAGCUGCAGAAGACAGAGGACUCGAAUUCUAAUCUGAUUCUUGCAGUGAGAGACCUCAAUGAAAUGCUAGAGCAAAAGAACAGGGAAAUAGCUAGCCUCUCCAGCGAGAUCGAAGCAAGUACGAGUGUUGAAGAGGCACGCUCAAAUGAACAACAUGAUGCUGAUGAAAUGCACAUGCUGAAGCAGACAAUCACAGAUCUGAAUGCAGAGUUGGAGUUUUACAAGAAACAUAAGGAGGAAUUAGAGAUGCAUAUGGAAGAACUGAGCCAGGAAAAUGACAAAAUGUUAUCACAGUUAAAGCAAAACCAGCAAUCAGAAUAUUUGGCUACCAUAAAUGAACUUGAAUCUCAAGUGCAAAGACUAGAGGAUAAAAUCAAGCAGCAAUCUGAAGACUACUCGGAGUCUUUAAUCGCCAUUAAUGAACUUGAAAGUCAAGUAAAAGAACUAAGCAAAGAACUAGAGAAUCGGACACAAGGGUUCGAAAAAGAACUUGAUGCGAUGAUACAUUCCAAAAAUGAGCAGGAACAGAGAGCUAUCCGAGCAGAGGAGGCCUUAAAAACGACAAGAUGGAAAAAUGCUGCUAAUGCCGAGCAGCUUCAGGAAGAAUUUAAAAAACUCUCAGUUGAAAUGGCUGGUAGGUUUGAUGAGAAUGAAAAGACGACCAUGAAAGCAGUUGCAGAAGCGAAUGACCUGGAGGUGCUAAAAAUAAAUCUCGAAGAAAUGCUCCAGGAAGCCAAUGAAGAGCUCAGGCUACUUAAAGAUCAGACUGUGACCGAACGAGAAGACCUUACGUACCAGCUGGACCUCAAAGAAAAACAAAUAGCAGAAAUGUCAAGGGAACUUGAUGAUAAGACUGCACUACUUGAAUAUGCGCAAAAGCAAGAGAAGGAAAGGCAGGAGGCCUUUUCAAAAGAAAUCCAAAUUCUCAAGACUGAGAUCGAGAAGCUCGAAGAGCAGAGAAGCCAAUUUUCUGAUCAUGCAAAGCGCUGUGAUGAAACCCAAAAAGUGAAGAAGUCAAAUGAAAAAACUGAGAUCCUGAUACAAAGAUGGAAUAAAGAAAGAGAUGAAUUGGAGAAAAAAAUCGCUUCAGCAAAGAAGGAAACAGAGAGGGCACAGAAGCAAAUAAUUAGUACAAGGUCUUUAAAGGAUAAAAAGGAGAUGGUCUCAAAUUUGCAGUCAGAAAUGGAGAAUAUUAGAGGGGAGUGUAAUGACUUAAAACACAGAUUGCUCCGAGAAGAAAGGGAGAAAGAAAAACUGAGAAAACAGGUAUCUCAAUUAAAGAAUGACGUACAAAAGAAGGAAGAAGAAGUCAGCUCUAUACAGAAAGAACUCAAAAGUACUGGUGGUCAAGUGGACAUCACUGCAAGGAGCGGCUACUCUGCCGUGGCGCCUCAAGAGUCCAAAGAUAUCACUAGUUUGCAGAAAAAAAUGAGGUUACUUAAGGAACAGAUAAACCUCAUGGAAGCUGCAUUGAAAUCAUCAACUAAUUCAGAUCCAGUGAAGGGAAGUAAUCUCAGCAACAUGAUGGAAGAGCUAGAAAUCAUCAUGGAACAACUCAAAAUAUGCCAUUGCUCUUCUGCAGAUCAGUGUCAAAAGGAACAAGGAAAGUUCCGUGACAAGCUCCAUUCAAAGAUGACCAAUGCUGAAGGCAAGCGUUCCUCAACAAUAGUGGUACCAGUUGAAAGUGAUGUUAAUAUUGCUGAAUUGUUAAGUGAAAUGGAAGGCCUUAAGGAAAGGAAUAAGUCUAUGGAGCGUGAGCUUAAAGACAUGGAAGAAAGAUAUUCAGAAAUAAGUCUCAAAUUUGCAGAAGUGGAAGGUGAACGACAGCAACUUGUAAUGACAGUGAGAAACCUUAAGAAUGGCAAGAAGAACUAGCAUGUUCAAAGGAGCAGUAUGUUGGACGAAGAACACUAAGCAGGGUGAAGCAGCAGAUCCUCUAAAAGGAACUACGUGUGGUAGUUAAAUCGAAGUCCAAUCAAGAAAUCUUCAUCAUUUGAACUUGUGAAAUAGCAUUCAUCCAUUAUUUGUUGCUCAUCUAUCCUGUUAGUAACACUAAAAUAUUAGAUUCAACCAAGUUCA